AUGGAGAUACUGCUUAUGAGUUUAAAAGCUGGAGGUGUUGCUCUCAAUCUUACAGUUGCAUCACAUGUUUUCAUAAUGGAUCCUUGGUGGAAUCCUGCGGUGGAGCAGCAAGCCCAAGAUAGAAUCCAUCGAAUAGGGCAAUAUAAACCAGUCAAGGUUGUGAGAUUUAUGAUGGAGAAUACAAUUGAAGAGAACAUCAUAGAGUUACAAGAGAAGAAGAAAUUACUUUUUGAAGGGACAGUCGGUGGUUCUUCAGAGGCCUUAGGAAAACUAACAGAGGGGGACUUGAAAAUCCUGUUUCAUUGUCGCUUUUGA